UGGAUAUCGAGCAGAGCUCUUCUGUGCUUUGGCCCAUCAAUGGAGGAAAGAACGUCAUCUGUUUCAUACAUUUAGUUAGCUGCCAAAUCAGUUCAGUUCUUCCAUAAACUAGUAUUUUUAUCCUACAACACAUUGUUUUCAUAGCGCUGUCUCUUUUGUGUGCCAAAUAUGCAUAAAAAAGACAACAGUCAGUGCCAAGAAAUGUUGAAAAGGGAAUUCGUGUAAAGGCAAGUGCUAGCCUUGCUAUCUUGGUUAGCUAGAUAGCUACAAUUCUGAUCAGCUAGCUAGUUCAAGAAACCGAAAUAAAACCCUAAAUUAAUAUCCAAGUAAAGAAAUAUUCAAUUGCAACCAGACGAGGGGCUAUUUGAAGCAAACUCGAUUUCUGCUAAAACGUGGUGGCCUAAGCCAUGGGGGCGUUCCUGGACAAGCCCAAGACGGAGAAGCACAAUGCCCAUGGUGAGGGCAACAACCUCCGUUAUGGCCUGAGCAGCAUGCAGGGAUGGCGGGUGGAGAUGGAGGACGCCCACACCGCUACGGUGGGUCUACCCCAUGGCCUGGAUGACUGGUCCUUCUUCGCUGUCUACGACGGCCACGCCGGCUCCCGCGUGGCUAACUAUGCCUCUAAACACCUGCUGGGGCACAUCAUCACCCACAGCAUGGGUUCCCCGGGCCCUGAAGGUGUCACCCCAGCCCCCACUGUGGAUGUGGUCAAGACGGGCAUCCGCACCGGUUUCCUGAACAUCGACGAGCACAUGAGGAACUUCUCAGACCUGCGUAACGGCAUGGACCGCAGCGGCUCGACAGCCGUGGCCGUACUGCUCUCGCCAGAGCACCUCUACUUCAUCAACUGUGGUGACUCACGGGCCGUGCUCUACCGCAAUGCGCACGUCUGCUUCUCCACGCUUGACCACAAGCCCUGCAACCCACGGGAGAAAGAGAGGAUCCAGAACGCAGGUGGCUCUGUAAUGAUCCAGAGGGUGAAUGGUUCCCUGGCCGUGUCCCGGGCCCUGGGAGACUACGACUACAAGUGUGUGGAUGGGAGGGGUGCCACGGAGCAGCUGGUGUCCCCAGAGCCCGAGGUGUUUGAGAUCGAGAGGGCCCCAGAGGACGAGUUUGUGGUGCUGGCCUGCGACGGUAUCUGGGACGUGAUGAGCAACGAGGAACUGUGCGAGUUUGUCAAGUCCCGUCUGGAGGUGUCCCACGACCUGGAGAAGGUCUGCAACCAGGUGCUGGACACCUGCCUGCACAAGGGAAGUCGGGAUAACAUGAGUGUUGUGUUGGUGUGUUUGCCAAACUGCCCUAAAGUGUCAGAGGAGGCGGUGAAGAAAGAUACAGAGCUGGAUAAGUUCCUGGAGUCUCGCGUGGAAGAGAUCUUAGAGAAGGCAGGAGAGGAGGGUAUUCCCGACCUGGUGACGGUCAUGAGGAACCUGUCCUCAGAGAGCAUCCCUAACCUGCCACCAGGGGGAGGCCUCGCCAGCAAACGCAGUGUUAUCGAAGUAGUGUACAACCGGCUGAACCCACACAGGGAAGUGGAUGGGCCCUCCUGUAUCAUUUGGCUACCUCCUUUGGGGAUGUACCAGAUGUGAUUGUCGAGCACUUCAGGAGAGGUGCUUAUCUCUGAGAUCUGGGGAGCGAUCCCUGCUUGUCUCCUUGGAGUGGAGUUGGUUUUGUUGUGUAGGGGGCCAUUUUGGAUUGGUGUGACGUAGACAAGCCAGGACUGUAUGAUGAGUCUGUCAUUAGGUAAUAUGGAUUUACUUGUCAUGCUGUUUGUAACAAUGUAUUUUCUCUUCUUUCACUUUGCCUCUCCUCUACUCCAUCUCUCUCUCUUGCCGUCCCACAGACUGGAGCAGACCUUGAGGACCCCUGGUAACUGGCCAUCAGAACUGCCUGUUCCUACAACGGGACUCCUUUAUACACAAGACAUCUUUACUCACUUUAUUCCUUUUUAUUUUUCCUACGAUACCAAGAGAUCGAUUGGACCAUAAAUGACGAUUUAAAAAAAAUCACACACAAAAUCAGUUAACACACAACACAAAGGAUUGCAAAACAUUUUUGAUUAGAAAAGGGUGUUCAAAAAGCACUCACACAUCUGAGCUGUCUUUGCUGCAGGUGCAUGCUAACAAUUGAAUAACAUGAGAAAAAAGAAGAAACGCGCACACGUUAGAGCUUUGUUGAAGGCCUUGAGGCCGAUACGUAAAGCUUCAUAAAGAACAGCGAUACUAGCAAGAGCAGUGUGCAGGUUUCUUCUUUUUUCUCAUAUUAAAAAAGGGGGGAAAGAAAGACUGCGAUGGUAGUAUAAACGAUGUAUACAAAAUAUAUAUACUAGACAAAUUAAGACUUGUUGUUUUUUUUUCCUUUUUAUAGCUUUUUUGUGGUUUUUCUUUUUGUGCUGAUGAAGAGACACGAGGGCCAUAGUUGGGACAUUUUGUGGCCCAUCCCUGUGCAGUCUGGGGUGCCUUUUUCCCCAUCGCUGAGGAUGGAGGAGCUAGCAACCAGCUGUAAACUGACCAGGCCCCAAGUCCCUGCUUCCUAGACACAAGGGGCCCUACAGAGGACCACCACUGGGUCAGGGACUCACUGGCCUGUGGCUGCCUGGCUGGACAUUGCUACUGGGAUUUCAGAUAGACAAACCCAAAUGUGUGGACAGGAUAGGACUGACUGGCUGCAUUCUAUGGCAUUACUUGUGUGGAAGGGUUUGGAGACUGACCGCUUUUUGCACCUUUUCUCUCCAACCAACAACAAAAAAAACAACGGAGACCCAGCUAAUGUUUGCAUUGACAGACACUGCCUCAACUUCAACCAUUUCACUUCCAUAAGCUUUCUAGCCUGCUGUUGAUCAAGAAAAAUUUAAAAUAUAUAUAAAAUCCAUAUAUUUUUGAUUUAUGUAAAAAAAAAAAAAAAAACUUUUAAAAAAUGUGUCCUGUGGCCUACUGUGUGUGUGUAAAGAUGAGGAAGUUGCUGGUUUGUUGACUUUAGGAGUCAAACAGAGAUCUUGAUUGACAUGUGAGGAGAUCUACGUGAGUGUGUACAUACCAGCCACCCAAGGACUCUGUGUUUUUGGGCUAAAGGGAUUCUAACUGUCCACCAAAGCCUCACUACUCGUUUCUCCUUGCACUUCUCUCUCUUUCUUAUUAGUUUCUCCUAUGUUCUGUCUUUCCUCACCCUCCUUAAAAUGCAGAAACGGACUCUUGCAACAACUUGCCUUUUUUAUUAGAUUUUUCUCAGAUAAUACGUGUUAUUUUUUUCCGUUUAGCAAUUAGAAAUUUCUAGGCAAUGAUGAUGUUCACCUUUAGUUUAUUUUUCAAAUGCCGUGUUAAUAGUGUAAUAUGGUUGUUCCAUUGCGUUCUCUAAAUUUCAAUAGAAAUUGCUUGUAUGAAAAAAUGAAACCGAUGAAAUGUGUUAAAAGGAGAAGUCAAGCAUGAUUUAGUGUGCCGGAGAGGGAUGAGGUGGCUCUCGGCCCAGGUUUCUGGCUUGGCUAUGAUCUGGUACACAAGCCUUGGUGCCAUGUGACUUAGGUACUUGAAUGUUGGGUGUGGUUCUAUUUUUGCAAUAUUGAUUUUCAUGAGAUUAUUAAAAAAAUAAUUGUGGGGGGGUUUAAUAAUUUUUUUAGCUGUGCAUGUUUUGUGUUGGAGGAAUGCGUGGUGUGGGAUGGGGGUCAGACGGGUGGGGUGGGGGUGAUGGUCCUGGUUAAUGGGUAUGUUUAAGCUAUAGUAGACACUGGGUUAAGAGGGUGUGGGGCUGCUUUGAAUGUAAUUCACCUUCACACUACACUGCACAGGCUGAGCGGAGGCUACAGAUGCUUUCCUCCCCCUGGUUAUUUGAUGACAGAACUUAUCCUGGCAUUUAGUUUUCAUUGUUUCAUUGGAAUAUAUAGGCUAUAGAGUCCCACGUGGGGUUAUAUUAAUACAAUCUUUAUUCUCACUCAUCUUCCUCCCUAACUGGAGCAAUUUGCUGGUCCCGCCCCCUAUUACUAACUGUAAUGAUUGAAAAAUGAGAAUGUUUGUGAUGUUUUGGGGGCUGGAAAUGAACUUGGUGAUUUAGUGCCCAUGUUAUUCAUCCUGAUUUUCCUUUUUAUCUUUUUUUGUGUAUCUACAAGUAUUGAUAUAUAGAAUGGUGAUCAUUUCCACAUUUUAUUUAUUCCUGAUUUUAGCCUUUAACAUGAGGUGCUGUAUUUGAGAAUGGUAUACGGUUAUGAUGUGUGUGGCAGGGUUUGUCCCGCCCCCUCUGCAGGGUCACCUGAGUGAUGAGGGGGUCAGGGGUCGAUCGUGAGUUUUCACCAUACCUCCUGAUAGUUCCCAGUAUAACAUUGUGAUGUUUCAGACCAUACCGUGAGCAUAAUCUUCAAUAAAGGAUGGAUACAUUUAGAUGAAA